AUUACGACGGGAACGCGACUUUACGGCUUCUGAGGUACACAAGACAAGUGCGCAGGCGCAGUUUGCUGACCUUCCGUAAUAAGCAAGCAUGGCUGUUAGGACUUUGGCGAAAGGUCUUUGGGGUCUCCGGCAGUCGCGGGCUGUUACAAUAGGAUACUCGUGUAAUGGGCAUCACUAUUCCACUGCAGAGUCAAUUAAAGUGUCUCAGCCCGAACCCAACGAUGUUAAUGAAAAAGUAUUGAGCCUGCCAUUGGAAAAGCCAGACUUUUUCCGUGUGUCAGAGCUGUUCUCCUUGAAAGAUUUGUUCGACGCCAGGGUGCAUCUUGGGCAUAAAAAAGGCUGCAGGCACAGACUUAUGGAGCCUUACCUAUAUGGCUGUCGUUUGGAGCAAGACAUAAUUGAUCUGGACCAGACUGUGGAGCACCUUCAGCAAGCCCUCAACUUCACGGCCCAUGUAGCGUACCGUGGUGGCGUCAUACUGUUUGUCAGCCGGCGGCGUCAAUUUAGCCACCUAAUUGAAAACACUGCUAAGGAUUGUGGGGAGUAUGCCCAUACGCGGUACUGGCAGGGCGGCCUCCUUACCAACGCUCAUAUCCAGUACGGCGUAGGAGUCCGCUUACCAGACCUCAUCAUCUUCCUCUCCACCCUCAACAAUGUUUUUCAGCAGCAUGUGGCAAUUAGAGAUGCAGCUAAGAUGAACAUUCCAACAGUCGGUGUGGUAGACUCUAACUGCAACCCAUCCCUGGUGACGUACCCUGUGCCUGGGAAUGAUGAUACACCAGUUGCGAUGGAGUUGUACUGUCGCUUAUUCAAGAUGACUAUCAACCGUGCCAAGGACAGAAGGAGACAGAUGGAGCUUCUCCAUGGAUUGUCAGCACCUCCGUCACCACCUUCAUGACACAGUAUUUAUUCAUAGACCAGAGACAUUGGAAGUAAGAAAAAGUUAAGACUGCUCGGUAUUCAUUCACAUAUGCACUUGACAAAGAUCUGAUGCCGGGGUGCAGAGCAGAGUUGAACUGGCCACAUCUGUUAGUGAAUCUUGUUCAUGUGGUUUGUUCUAUUUGCAGUAUUUUGCUUACUCUAGACCUGCAAACUGCAGCUGCCUCCAAAUUUGUCAUGCAUCACCACUGACAAAACAUUUAUAGUGAUCAUUGUACAGCAGUUCUCUUCAACUGUAAAAUAUAACCAAAAUAAGAACUAAAACUUCUUUGACAUUGGUAGUGUCAAGUUUAUUUUUCAGCUCUAGAUCAUAUUUUGCUGUCAUAUAGAAUUUCUCAAUGUACUGGCGAAAUUUUGGGAUCUUCUACACCUCAUCGGAUUUGUGUGUGGCCUUGUACAUGGGUUAUAAAACAAACACUGUUUAUUUCAGUUCAUGUGCAUGCAAUGCUUAUUUGUUACGAUUUCUUUGUGUGUGCAAGAAUAAAGUCAUUAUUGGUGAGAACUACCCAAGUAAACAAAAUGUAUGCUA